UCUUAAUCUGUAGACAUCUUUUCACCAUGCAGACGAAAACUUCCGUUUAAGACACCAGGCUCUCGCUUUAUAUUAUAUUAUUUACAUAAUGCGGUUAUUUAACGACUGCAAUAGUCCUUUUACUUUAUCUUGCUGAUCUCUGCUGACCUAGAUUACUUCAAAAGGCAGACUACUGACUAGAUCACUGAGAGAGAUGGCGACAGAAACUGAAUGGAGAAGACGAUGGAAAUCAGAUCUAGUCUCGUGUCCAUGGCAGAGCGUUGAAGUCGAUGGUAAUAACUACUUAAUCAAAGUUAAAUUUUCCGAGGAGUCAUAUGAAGCUCUUAUUACAGAUCUAAUGUCUUUUUGGCACGAGGCUUUGGACGGACCAUCGCUGAAGCAGCGAAUUGAGAAACUGAACCCAAGAAUUGAAGCUCCAGUUACAAAAAUAUUGGAUCAAAUUGAGCUCUCCCUUGCCAAGCCUACCAAAGAAACUGUGCUCUCUGUAUCUUUCAAAAAUAAUAGAGACCCAAGAAAAGACAUCAUCUUGAAGAUCACAUCAUCCUUGGCAGGAAUGCCAUUUUCUUGGCAUUUUUAUGGACAAAUGUGUGACAACAAAGUGGCACGAGAUCAUCUGACAUUUCCACUUAUUGCGAUGGUAGCAGAACUUCUCAGGAGACAGAAAGAACUAGAAGUUUUGUUAAUAGCAAAGGACAAGGAAAUCAAUGACUACAAAUCCCAGGGGGCACGGACUUCAAGAAAACACAUUGAGACAUCACUAUUUGAUAUGAUUGGCUUCAAAAACAACAUGGCUACAUCUGAGGGCUUUGAAAAACAGGUGAAAAAGUUAGAGAAGGCAUUAUUUGAUCAAGAGGGCCAAGAGCUUUACCGACAAAUUGUAAUGAAACAUGCAUGGUUGAGGCACAAAGAUGAUGACAAUAGCCUGAGGAAUACAGUUUUGGAUGAUGAGAGCCUUACUACUAUCUUUGGAGCUGUAUCCAGUGAACCAUCUUGGUCCAAUCGCCUUCCUCCAUCAAUGAUGCAGCCAAAACCAUCGGUUUCCCCAACUGUCACCCCCUCAGACAGUGCAGCCAAGGACACUGAGCAAAUGAGACGAGAGGCUUUAGAGAGAAGGCUUCAAGAGGAAAUGAUGAAGAGACAAGAGAAGACAAAAAAGAAAAAGAAGCUAGCGUUUUGACACAUUUUUUGUGAAGAUGACAGAUGUAUAUUUUUAUGGGCCUGUAUAAAGUAGUUUAAUUUUAAAAUCUGCUUUGAGAAGUAAAAUUAUAUUCUUUAAGUCGAUUGUAUUUAACAGAUGGAGAAAUCAUUCUAAAAAAUAAUUAACAGAUAAACUUGUGGCAGCAUAUUUAUGUGUUGUAAAUUUUUAAAAAAAUAUUUAGAUAGGGGUUAUAGGAAAUCAUGUAUGGCUCUAAAUAUUGGAGCAUAUAUUUCGAACGAUGAAUUCUCUUAAUGUUUGAAUUAUUGUAAUAGCAGAUUUAGAAGUAUUACCCUGUGUGUGCCCAGUGAUCUCUAAAAUUUUACAUUUUGUCAUAUGUGAUAAAUAAUUUAGACAUACGUUUUAAUGAUUUUUCACAUUAUCUGCAUUUUUUUCUGUUUCAUUGACAUUUUAAGAUAUCAUAUAGUUUAUUUGCAUACAUGUGAUUUGUUUUUUGUGGAAUUUUUGUGUUUGCAUGCUUCUGGGAGUGCAUAUAUGAGUUUAGAGAAGUGAAUUGAUGUUUAAUUUUUAUUUUUCCCUAAUUAUUGGGCGAAGCUGAUUGCAGUAUACUAUUUCCCCAAAUCCAGGUACAUAUGUUUCUACUAUCGAGAUAGACGUCUACAAAAAUCGUCAUGGACAGAAAGAGGCCUAAAUGCUGAUGGUGCCUGAUUAACACGUUUCUAGCCCUGUGUCUAGCUGAGACAUUUACAUCAAAGUAUCCACCCACUAUCUUGACGUCUACGUUGUUGACCUCUUUGCAUCGAGAACAAAUUUUUGCAUAGUUCUUACAGCAUAGAGGGAUUAGCAUUCAACCCUGUAUAUAAUUUCUUUUUCUCAAGUGUUUAAGCUGAAAUAGUUCUAGAGAUCGUAAAUUGAGUUAUGAGAAACACAAGGAGGUUUUAUAUGAUU